CAUCCCCUAUGGAAGGAAGGUCCCCCCCUAGUCGAGCCGAGCGCGAAGUCGUGUAAGCGGAACCACCAAUCUGCAUAUAAACAAGUACGGAGUACAUACCCCAAAAUACGGAAGUAGCGCUGAUACCGUUUUUAUUCCGAGGCGUCACAAAGAGACUGUGGGGAACCUAAAAUUGCCCUCGAGCGCAUCCGCGCAGCGUUUCGAAAAGGUGCGGGAGAGUUAGCGGACUGCCUACCAACUCCCACCCCAGCAUAUUUUACAUAUUCAUCCCCUGGCUGGCUGCUUCUCAUUCCCUUUUCAUAAGAUAACUUCAACUUAAUGGCUCGGUGAAUGAGCGAAUCUGUGUUCUGCGAAAUUAGUGUCAAUUUUUGCAGAGAGCAAGAUGUGUUUUCGGCGGGUAAGGUUGGCUACAGAUGGACAGUCGGUUGCCAGGCAACGGGCGAUGCGUGCGAUGUCAACAAACAAACAACUUUCCUUUCACGGUGUUCAAUGACAGAUGCUUCCCUGCAUUUCUAGAUCAAACGUUAGUUCUUUCUAAGAAUUACGUUUCUUUGUGGUGGAUUGACCUGAGCAUACGUUUAAGGACUUUAGAACAACGUGAAACCGAUAUUUUUUUCGUUUGACAUGGGAGCUUUUUGAAAUGUCAACAAGCGGUCUUUUUCUACUCUCUACUACAGGGCAGAUAGAAACUGCCGAGUUCCCUGGAUUUGAUAAUAUAUAUUGCAAAUAUUGUUAUAUGUAUGGUUUAGACUGGGUUGUAACAGCGGGCUUGGAGGAAGGUAUAUCGCAAGUAGGACGCUGUAGUAAUGAUGAGCGUCGAGUAUUUGUGUGGAAUUUCCCACUUGAGAUAACAUUUAAGAGCACAAAUCCUUUUGGAUGGCCUCAACUUAUAGUAAGCUGUUAUGGUCUAGACACAUUUGGAAAUGACGUUGUCCGGGGGUAUGGCGUUUGUCACUUACCAAUCAGUGCAGGGAAAAACACAAAAACGAUUCCUAUGUUUGUACCAGAAUCUACUUCACUCCUUCAGAAAAUGACUGCAUGGUUAACAGGGCGCCGCCCAGAAUAUGUGGAUCCCAGAGUACUAGCUCAAGGAGAGGGCAGAGAAGUAACAAGAGUUCGUUCACAAGGCACAGUGAAAGUGAGCUUCAAUACUGUUACCAAAGAUCUCCAUACACUAGGAUACCAGAAUUCAUCAGCAAUACCAACAGUCACAUCUGUUGGUGCACUUGCAUCUCAAUUGGAUAACCUAAAUAUAGAAUGAAAUAUUUUUUAUACAACUUAGUAGAUAUACUGAAUUUCUUUGAAUUUGGUCAUAUGUGAUACUUAAAUUAAACAGUCUCAUUCUUUUAAAUAAAAUCUCUUUGGGACACUUUGAGUAA